AUGAGUCCAGAUGAGAAGUUAUUACCGGUACCGGUAGUUAUCCUUUCUGUCACCAGAUCCAACACGAGUCAAAUAUCGUAGCAGCGUAAGGGACUUAUUUCAUGAUUCGAAGGGAAAGAAAAAGUUUUCUGGAACCUGAGCAGCAUUGGGUUCAGAGCUUGCUCUCUAAUAAUAUUAAUUUCGUUGCAAAUUCGUUCCUGACCAACCAAACGGCAGUUUCACACGUGAACCAACGUCUCCGUAGUGCGUCACUUUGCUGCACAGUUAAACGUCGUUCGUUGGUGUCGACGUUUCGUGGUGACGCAUUAAAAAAGUUGGACUUCUGUUAAAAGCGACUUCAAUUGGAACUGUAAAGGAUCACUGAACAAAAUGGCCUUAGCUUGUGGUCUUCGCUUGGUCAUUCUGCUUCUCUUCAUCGCUAUUGUCAAUUUGCCGACAACAGACGCUAUAAGAAUCAGAGUCCGCACGGGCUACAGAGGUACGCGCCGAACUUACACAAGAACAGUCUACACCAAUUCACCCAAUCAAGGCCUUGAGGCGUGGAAGAUAGCCCUCAUUGUCUUCGUCAGCCUCCUUGGCAUUGUAGUGCUUUAUAUCUGUGUCCGUUGCUGGCUGCUCUGUCGCGAGAGGCGGUCCGCUGAGAUGGAAGUUCCGCGAGUGUCGAUGAACCCAAUCUACCGACCACAUCCUCUGCAAUUUCACAACGCGGAUUCAGUGGACAAAGACGUGCUAACAGCGCCCCCACCGUCAUACGAGGACACUCUCAAAGUCAAUACGGGCGAUGUUAACGGCAUUAAGGUCGCUGACCAGUAGAAUCAUCCAAACCUACCGCGCUGAACAUCUUAAUUUUCGUUUGCUUAGAUCUGCUGUGGGCAAGUGAUUAGUUGGGGCAAGACCAAUGAACUCGUUAGAUAUUGGCUUUUUAACGAUGCAAAAAAAAGAUAUAAAUAAAAUCUUAUGGUCAUUCGCAUUUUGCCGCUGGCUCUAACUCAUACGGCGCAAGAUUACCUUGUUAAUAGCAUCUCGUACAUUUCCUGCCCCCCCUAAUCAAUCAUAAUGCGCUUAAAAAACCUUAAGCAGUCUUCAGUUGAAUGAAUGUGAGCGCAAAUUUAUUAUGUUUAUUGCUGAUGUUGUUAAAAUCGCAAUAAUGUCGACCACUUUAUUUUGUUUGUCUGGAUAUUAUGAGAAAAAUACGCGAUACUGGCGAUUUAUAACAGCGCGCCACCAAGAGGUUAACACAGAGAGACCAUUUUUCAACCUUGCGGCCGACAAAAAUCAUGAUCGAGAUCGCUGCGACCAUGCUGCGACUUACAUUUGAGGUCAGACGACACCUUGAGGACAUACUUGAUUGGUCGGAGAAUUCUUUGCCUCACCAAAAAAAAUUAAAAACAGGUUUAAAAUCAUCUUGAAUGAUUAACACCGAUACUCAAAAACCACUCUCGAAUGUUCAACCCAGACAAGCAUUACAUAGGAACGAUUCAAGUUUCCUGCGCUACUACACGCAGCGCAAAUGGCAAGUAGGGUUUUGGUGACUGUUUUCCCACAAUGCACUGCGAACAAGGCCUCUCUGUGGCACUUAACUUGCGGUCAUCGCUUGCUAACGUUAAUUAAAUAAAUAAAUAAAUAAAUACAUGCUGUACCGCAUUUAGAUAAUGACUGAUUAUCUGAGAAACAUAAACUGUGAGGGGAAGAUGUGUACAUAGUGUGAAACACAUAUGUUUACCCACUCUGUGAAAAUAAGUCAUAAGCCGCCACUUUUGAGCUUUCAUUUGUACUGGAAAGAGCAAAAUGAGUUUUUGUUUAGAGGUAUCACUCAGUUUGGCAUCCUGAUGAAAGUGGAUACUCCAUGGUGACAAAUGCUGUGGGUUCCUAUUGGUUUACACUUUGCAAAAUUAUUCUAAAGGACUUUUUACUCCAAAAUGGUUCUGGCGAUUUAAGACUCGUUUUCAUAGAGUGGGUCACAUAUUUUAUACGCUUGUCUCCCAUAGUAUAAUUUAAUAAAGCGAAACUAUAAUGGUAGUAUUUAGAGGAAGCAUAUUAUUAUUUAAUGUUUUAAUAAACGAGAUCUUUGAACA